AUGGGAGGCGCCGACAGAGCAGGUGGCAAGGCUAAGCCUUUGAAGGCCCCAAAGAAGGCCCCAAAGGGCGAGAUGGAUGAAGAAGACAAGGCCUUCGCUGAAAAGACAAGAGCUGAUGCCAAAGCCAAGGCUGAGAUGGCCGCAAAGGCGAAAGGCAGCAAAGGACCCCUCAACACCGGAAGCCAAGGAAUCAAGAAGAGCGGAAAGAAAUAA